AUGAGAGAAUAUUGGUCCCACGUAUGCUCACCCAAUUAAUAUUCCCACACACUUUUUCUACAGCAGGGUACACACACUAUCAUACCACACUCGCACAUCGUCAACUCUCAACCCUUCUCCGUCUUUCGUCAGUUUCUGUUUUGUUCGAUCGUCAAACGCCUGCACUUUCAUUCCCCCAUUCUGUUCCCUUUUACCUCCUCCCCUUCCACUACUUCACAAAGAUUUCUACUUUCUUUUUUUUUUUUGUUUCUUUUUUGAAUUUUUUCCAAUUAUGAUUUUUGAAAGAAUUUGGUAGGACUAGUUUGUGUGUGUGUGUGUGUGUUUUUUUUUUUUUUUCCUAGUGACAUUAAAGACUGCACAGUACAGCUGUGCUUUUUAUUUUUUUAGUAAUUAAAAAAAUUGAAGUUAUUUUGGGAUUAGGAAUUGGUUAGGGUUUUGGUUCAUUUGGGUGGCAUUGUUGGCCUGGAUUGAGUUGACUAGAGCUUCAAUUUCUUGUUUUUCCAGUGCCAAGAAAAAUAGUUAGGGAGUUAUGGUGAGGAAACAUGGAUGGCAACUACCAGCACACACAUUCCAGGUUGUUGCAAUUACUGUAUUUUGCUUGUUGGUUGUUGCGUUCUAUGCUUUCUUUGCCCCUUUCCUUGGAGGCCGCAUAUGGGAGUAUGUUUUGGUUGCUGUUUAUUCUCCAGUGGCACUCCUUGUUUUCAUUCUGUAUGUGCGGUGCACUGCAAUUAACCCUGCGGAUCCCGGCAUUAUGUCUAAAUUCGAUUCUGAGAGAAUGAAUAAUCCCAAUACAAAGUUUGGGUUGUCGUCCAAGGGCCUGCCAGUAAAAAUGGAUGAACUUGGCGCUGGGGCACAUUCUUCUCCAUCAUCAGCUUCAAGAAGUUCCAUUGCUGCAGCUAAUUCCAGUAAGAAAGGUUCAAAUGGAGAACUUGGGAGUAUCAAUACUAGGGUGAAACCCACUACCAGGUCAUCAUGUUGCAAUGUAGGAGGAAUCAUUUGUGCAUUAUUUGUACAUGAAGAUUGCCGCAAACAGGAUAGCGCAGCUGAGCAGCAAGGCACAGGAGAAGAUGCUUUGUUUUGCACGUUAUGCAAUGCUGAGGUGAGGAAGUUCAGCAAACACUGCAGAAGUUGUGAUAAAUGUGUGGAUGGAUUUGAUCACCAUUGUCGGUGGCUCAACAAUUGUGUAGGAAGAAAAAAUUAUGUGACUUUUAUUUCUCUUAUGGCCAUUAGUCUCGUUUGGCUUGUUAUUGAAGCUGGAGUUGGCAUUGCUGUUUUAGUGUGUUGCUUUGUAAAUAAGAAAAGCAUGGAGACAGAAAUAAUUGACAGACUAGGAAAUGGUUUCUCUCGUGCCCCAUUCGCAACUGUUGUGGCUGUAUGUACGGCAGUUUCGUUGCUGGCUUGUGUACCCCUGGGUGAACUUUUCUUUUUCCAUAUGAUACUUAUUAGAAAGGGUAUUACAACGUACGAGUAUGUGGUGGCAAUGAGGGCCAUGAGUGAGGCACCGGCAGGAGUCUCUGUAGAUGAGGAACUGCCAAACAUAUUAUACUCUCCAACAGGAUCUGCAACAACUGGGUUCAGUGGUGGAAGUUCUCUGGGCCUGCAGUACAAGGGGCCAUGGUGCACCCCCCCUAGAGUGUUUGUUGAUUACCAGGACGAAGUUAUACCUCACUUGGAACCCGGAAUGGUCCCAUCAACGGUUGAUCCAGAUGCAGCCGGUUUUGCAGAAAGGGGGAACAAGGUACCUAAAAGGCCUGUUCGGAUCAGCGCUUGGAAGCUUGCGAAGUUAGAUUCAAAUGAGGCAAUGAGAGCUGCAGCAAAAGCCCGGGCAUCCUCAUCUGUAUUACGGCCUGUUGAUAACCGUCAUGCAGAUGGUGAAUUGAGCUCCAGUGGUAACGUGAGCAUCAGAAGCAGCGAGAGCACCGACAUGGGAGGGAAUAAAGACAUGAAGAACGAACUGAGAUUAUCUCCUUUGAGAAACUCUUUUGCUCCAAGUCAAGGUAGCCGGGAUGAAUAUGAAACCGGCACCCAAAGUGUGAGUAGCUUCAGCAGUCCAAGCCAUGUUCACGACUCUGUCACACUAAGUCCUCUCCCACAAACUCAUGGUUUCAGCCAUUUUAAUGCAGCUAGUUCAAAAUCUGGCUUUGUCCCAGAUCGGCCCCUAACUUCUAGGGCAGCUUUCCCUAACAUCAACCACCCAAUGUCCAAUACUUCCUCAGAAUUUGAUGAAAAGGUCAUGCAAAAACAUGGCACUACCGAUCCAUUAUUGCUCUCAGCACCAGCUCAAGCUCCGGCAACGUCUCUCCUUCGAGACGUGAAAAGGACACUUGUUGUUUGGGACCAAGACGCCGGAAGGUAUGUGUCAGUCCCUGCAUCAUCUUCAGAAGCUCGAAACAGCAGACCGUCCCUGCAAAUAGGAGUAUCAAACCCUAAUGCAGGAACAGGCAGUUAUACUCAAAGGCCAGUUGUUCCACCUCGAGAACCUUUGUUACCUGCAGGUAAGCCUCCACUCCAGCAGUCGGAGAAGCUUACAUACACUGGAGACUCUAUUUUCUAUGGUGGACCCCUUCUGAGUGCCCCAAUUAGGAAUGAUUUGAGAAAUGAGAGGGGCUCGGGUUCAAGAGAAGGCCAAGAUAGGAUGCCACUGAACUUGCCUCGAGAAUCCAGGUUUAAAAGAGAUGCAGCCUCAAACCAGCUUCCUGUGUUCAUCCCUGGAGGUUUUGAGCAGAAUCCUGCAUCUGGGUCCCGUUCAAAGUUUUGAUAUGGAGGGGAAUUGAAAAAAACCCCUAAUGGAAGUUGCCUUCAAAAUCCAGGAACCUUGCGAUCUGAAACAGCUUUGGAACAACUAAAUCGUGAGGUUCCAGUGUUUCUUCUCGAACCAAAUUUUCUGAAUUAACACGUUGGUGCUACUUGAUGAACUUUGUGGGUGAGACUUGCUCUCUCUCUACAUUGUAGCUAAAGGAUUUUACCUGAACUCUUUUUUUGUAUAAUUGAGUUUCAUUUGGUAGGUUUCAGAAUAUCAAAACCAGCUGCCUUGUAGCUAAUUGUUCAUUCUUUUCAAGUGUGAUUUCUAUGUCACGCAUGGCCAUGUUUAAGGACUCCUUGGUUGAAGUAGAUUAUUCUUCUUCUUUGCUUUAUUUUUUUACUUUAUUUUUUUCGGAAGUUAAAAUAAUGUGUAAUGAAUAGACAUUGUGGUGGGGGGUUUUGGGUA